CGGUCCCGAGAUGACGGCGUGCAAGCGGGUGGCGAAGGAGCUGGAGGAUCUUCAGAAGGACCUUCCCCAGUACCUGCGGAACCUGUCCAGCGAUGAUGCGGACGUCCUGGUGUGGCACGCUCUCCUUCUGCCCUUGAUCGGGGGUAAAGAGCAGUUCCCCAAAUUGUGCCAACCUCAGAGUGUUCUCCAGACAUUUGUUAUAUCAAGACGGUCGGUGAAGCUGGCAUCUACACAAGUGGCAUCGGAGAAGCCGCCCUACAACCUCAGGGCCUUCAACCUGCGCAUCAACUUCCCCGAGGAAUAUCCACUGAGACCCCCCACGGUGACGUUCAUAACCAAGAUCUACCACCCCAACGUGGGCAUUGAUGGCCAGGUGUGCCUACCCAUCAUCAGCAAUGAGAACUGGAAGCCUCAUACCAAGACCUACCAAGUCUUGGAGGCCCUCAGCGUGCUGGUGAAUAAUCCGGACCUGGGAGAGCCCCUGCGCCUGGAGCUUGCUGACCUGCUAACACUGAACUCGGAGCAGUUCCACAGGAGCGCCGAAGAGUUCACCCUCCAGUUUGGAGAGCCCCGGCCCUCCUAGCUCCGGUUCUGCCCUCUGCACCGGGUCCUGUCCGUGUGAUGGCGGACACACCACAUGGACUGGGGCCAGAGCCCCUUGGUUUUUCUGUGUUUUUCCUUUCUUAGGUUGUUAGUCGUUAGUUGUGUGUGUGGUAUGUGUGGACCCAGUUCCAGGUUUACCUGGCCACAGGUGUGCUUUCCUUACUUCCUUUCUGUGCCCCAGAGCCAGGCAGUUUAGGUUUGCAGAGUCACAGGCCAGCUGCUACUAGUGGCUCCAUCUUAGAGAUCACCUUCCAGGCCAGCUGGCAGGAAAUGAGCCCUGCAGGCCACCAGAAAACCUCAGGGACCCAGGCAUCUGGGGGAAUGGGGGCGGGAGGCGGGGCACAUAGAAGGGAGUCCCUUGCAAUUGGGUGAUUUGUUGAUUACAUUAUCAGCCAGGCUGUGCAGAUUUAAGUGCUAAACCUUUUCUUUUCCACUGAUGAAACGCUAAGUGAAGAAUCUGAUCUCUGUCCCAGAAAUCUGACUACAUUGUUUCCAAACCACUUGCAGUCCCAUUAGGUUGGGGCCAGGCUUUAGGCUGGGAGGAGCAGCCCCUUCAGCUUCCAGUCAAGGGGGAGUCACGGAAACCAUGUGUUUUUCCAGCCAUUAAAGUCUCAGAUGACGUGUGGA